CAACCACACAAGAAAUCUCAACAAUUUCUCCUUCUUCUCAAACUCAAGCCACAUCUCUUACUUUCUCAGCAACAUCAGUAACCUCAGCUGUUGGUACGACCGCUGGAAUAGAUCCCACUGAGACCCACGGAACACCUGAGAUUACUCCAUUUGUUACUGCCACUCAGCAACCAAAUACUACUGAACAUGUGACAACAUCAGAAAUGACGAGCACGUUAGAGACACCACAUGUGAGCUCGGCAACACUUUCCACAGAAACAUCGCAAAUCACAAGGGAACCUACAACAGAAUCUGCAUCAUCUGCUGCCAUAGCAUCCACUAAUGUUCCACAAUCCCCCACAACAGCAUUGGCUUCUUUGGACAGCAGUGGUACAACCAUAGCGAAAACAUCAUCAAUAUUUUCUGCAGCAUUAUCUUCUGUUGCUCCUUCAGAAGUAACACCUUCGCAAACUCACUCAACAGCAUUGCCAACUUCUUCCCCAUCUGACAUCACAAGCAUUUCCUCUGACAGAACUGCUACCACACAAGAAAUCUCAACUCUUUCUCCUUCUCCUCAAACUCAAGCCACAUCUCUUGCUUUCUCAGCAACAUCAGUAACCUCACCUGUUCAUACGACAACUGGAAUAGAUCCCACUGAGACCCAGGGAACCCCUAUGAUUACUCCAUUUGUUACUGUCACUCAGCAACCAAAUACUACUGAACAUGUGACAACAAUGUCAGAAAUUACGAAGACUUCGGAGACACCAAUUGUGAGCUCGGCAGCAUUUUCCCUACGGACAUCGCAAAUCACAAGUGAACCUACUACAGAAUCUGCAUUAUCCAGUGCAACUGCAUCCACAAAAGUUCCACAAUCCUCCACUAUAACAAUGGUUUCUCUGGAAACCAGUGGUAUAACCACUAAUGGUCCUGCUGUUGUCUCAACCACAGUUGAUCCUACUGAAACCCAGGCAACCCGUCACAGUACUGAAUUAGCUACUGACACUUCGGUCCGCUCUCCUCCUCAAGAUGUAAGGUCAACACCACAAUUGACUUUCACUGUAGAUGCACCACAUGUGAGUCUGUCUACAGUUUUCGCCGAGAUAUCCGCUCUGUCUUCCAUAUCUCCACCUGAGGAUAUGCAUCCUACAGAAUCCACCAUAGCUGCAGUCAAAACAACAGAAAUGCCUUUUGUUUCUCUCCCCAAUGAACAAUGGAAGAUUCCUGUUAUUGUUUUGGGUGUUUUCUUGGGCGUCUCGCUUUUAGCUCUUUCUGUUUUUAUGGCAGUGAAGUGUUCGUCUUCUAUCUGCUCAUCAUAUGAUAUUCAUUGGACUGAACAGAAUGAGAGACACUUUUGGGGUAGAAAUCCUGGUCGGUAUGCUGUUUUUGAUGUCUAGUUUUUGAC